CCGAAACCGAGAGGAGGAGAAAAAGAAAGGAGAAGAAGAAGAAGUCGCCGCCGUUGAAAUUUCCUUUUGUUCCGCCGCCGUCCGUCGCCGACCGCCCUCGCCGUUGUUCCUCGUCGUCGUCUGCCACUUUAGCCAUUAUGUCAUAUCGACGAUCAAAUUUUAUGGAGACGGACGAUAUGUUCCUCCAGUUUGAGGACGAUUUAGAUAAUAACAUCGCGGGAGGGUCAUCAUCUGUGGGCGACAAUACGGGGUCUUCUUCUCAACAAACGACUCCGACUCCUAGGAGACGUGCGCAGUCUCGACUCUUGGAGUUAGAGCGCCACGUUGCAAUAAAUGGGCGCAUUCCGAUGACGAUCGCCCCUGGAGCGGAGAAGCCUAUUUCUCCACACGCCGUUCGCUUCAGCCAGGCGAUAGGCGUGUGCGUGCGAAAGACAUUUCCCGUCCGCUGUCUUAAGUGGACGGACGUUGGGAGAGAAUACAUUGAGGUCGUCAAGGGCGACCUCCAGGUAAUUAAAUGCACUACACAUUUAUAUAUGAUUUCAUUUGAAACAUAUCUAACUUUAACCAAUCUAAUGUGUUAUGUUUGUAAUGUGCAGCGAUUGUUUGUGCUUGAUUUCAAUGAUCAAGCAAUGAACAGGUUUGUUGAGCAUCAGAUGCUCACGACCUUUAAAGAGUUCCGGGCCGACUGUCAUAGACAUUUCAAAAAGUACAGCGACCCGGAGGAGGCUCGUGCCAACCCACCAAACGCAUUGGUUGGACGUGAUGAGGAUUGGCACUUCCUCUGCGACCAUUAUAUCAGCCGUGCAUUCCAGGAGCAAUCACGGACAAACAAGGCUGCUAGACAGAAGCAGCCUUACAAUCAUAGUAGCGGGUCCAAGUCGUUUCUACAACGACAGUAUGAGCUCGCUGAAAGAAGAGGGAAGCCGAUCGAUCAUGUGGAAUUGUUCCAGGAAACACACGUUCGAGCUGGGACAUUCGUGUCGCAAGCCGCCGAGGAUGCGCAUAAUCAAAUGCUGGAACUUCAAUCUCAGCCUAUCCCAGAGGGUAGUCAGCCACUCUCUGAGGAUGAGAUAUGCGAUCAGGUGUUGGGUAGACGACCAGGCUACUCAAAAGGCCUUGGUUGGGGACCCAAGCCGAAGGCCCGCAGAACGGAAAGUGCAAGCAGUUCGUCGACAUCUUGUUCGCAAUCCACACAAAAAGAGAUUGAAUUACAAGCUAAACUUCAUGAAGCUUUGGAACGGAUUGAAGUACAAGAUAGAAAUCACCAAGCAUUAGCUUCACAAGUGGAAGCUAUGAAAAAGAUGAUUGAAGACCUAACUCGUGCACAACAGGGACCACCACAUGAUCCCUAGCUCU